AGUAUAUACGCUGCAGGCGUACAGGGAAGUUUUCGUAUUUAUUUUUUAUUUUCCUUUUUAGUGUUUUUUUCUAUAAGUAUAAUAGUAUUUUUACUGUCCAAUGUCAUUUUAUAUAUUUGGAGCUAUUACAUUUAGUCGUAAUAAACCGAUAUUUUUUUGAAAAUUUCUAUGCAAUUGGAAGUUAUAUCAAAAUUUACUUUUAUACUACUUCUUUACUACUAACGUUCGUUAGUUUAAAAAAAAAAGAUCUAAAAUAUUAAAAGCAAUUACGAACUUGAUUAUUUUCAGUGUUCCUUUGAUAACGUACGUACAGUCAACGUCAUAAGUAUCAGUACUUGUGUAAUUUAUUCAUAGUGAAGUUCCUAAAGUGUAUAGAUAUCUAUGCUACCAAGUGUACGCACGGCAUCAUGUGCAAGGUACGUCUUGCCCAACUAUCUCUUUUAAUACUUAUUUCUAUCCUACCCCACGCACACAGGCGCACCGUCCCCCCGUCUUGCCGUGUACACUACGUCUGUGUGGGUGGACUUCUUUCGGGGUGGCUCUGUGUGCGAAUUUCUUUCGAGACGUAAUAAGGGGACCGUUUCUUUCCCGCUAAGGUUUUAAUGUCGACCACGGUUCGGCGGCGGACGCGCGCCUUCGCGGUUGCAACCUUUUUGCAGUGCUUGUGUUUUGUGGCUAAGGAUUUUCUGAUCCAGGUCUGGCCAUUUAAAAUGUCUGCGUCAUCGAUACUACACCGGCAAACUGAAGCCGAAUUCAGCACGAGGUUUUUUACAUCGGACAUGUGACAGACCAUGUGUUCAUAGACAAGUGAAUGUGCAGAACAAUAAAGUGUUUAGACGAUGCAUUUAUCGAGUGAAGUGACGUCGACUACAAGCGGGUUGGGGCAUGAAGCGCCGUCGUCUAGUUAUGGGGCGUUACCAAGCCAGCCGUUGACGGCUGAGCUGCUAGCUGAGCGGACUCUGGAAGGCCUGCUGGCUGAUCAUCCAGGCGAGCUGGUUAAAACUGGCAGUCCACAUGUGGUUUGCACAGUCCUACCUCCACACUGGCGCUCCAACAAGACCCUCCCCGUAGCCUUCAAGGUAGUGGCCCUUGGCGACGUGGGCGACGGCACCCUGGUCACAGUACGAGCAGGGAACGAUGAGAACUGCUCCGCGGAGCUGCGGAACUGCACUGCGGUGAUGAAGAACCAGGUCGCCAAGUUUAAUGACCUGAGGUUCGUUGGGAGGAGUGGGAGGGGUAAAUCCUUCACGCUGACAAUAAUGCUGGCUACGUCACCGCCGCAAGUGGUGACGUAUCAGAAAGCCAUCAAGGUGACGGUCGACGGGCCGCGUGAGCCGCGAUCCAAGACCCGCCAUCAUGGCUUCCAUCCCUUCCACUUCGGGCCGCGGUUCGCUCCGGACCCACUGAUGGGAUCACUACCGUUCAAACUAUCAGGCAUAGCUCAUCAGUUGGCCGGCCUUCCGAAUGGCGAGUGGGGGGCGUUAGCGCGGCAUUACCCCCCUCCUCUGCUACCACCACACGCACAUUUCACCCCGCAUGUGCUACCACCCCAUGCGCCUGGGCACCCUCCACAAGCACAUGAAACUGAUGUGACAUCCGAGAACCCUACAACAGUGCACGCGCACAGCACGACGAGCCCCGCCAACUCGCGGCCGAGCUCUCCGCAGAGCGACGAUAUCUCCGUCACGGCAUCCAUCAGCCCGCCACCCGACGACCGUCCAGGAGCCUUCACCUCCGUCACCAGAACCAGGAAACCCCUCCAGCCUCUACCAGCACCUUCCAGUCUAUUCCACAGCGCGUUAGCUGCACAACUGUUCCUAAAUUCCCCUUUACUACCGACGCCGCCGGCGUGGCUUUAUUCUCAACUUUACGGUGGCUACGAUUGGUGGCUUAGACCACCACCCCCUCAAGAAGAUUCCAACUCUAGUCCGGACAGAGAAGAAGAAGCGAACUCUACUCCAUCCAGUGGUGGAAAAAAAAGACCCGCUUCUCCGGAAUGGACGGAACAAGGGGUCAGAACGCGCAGCAAAGCAAUGACUACUUCCGAACGAAGACCGGUCGAUGUGUGGCGUCCGUAUUAGACAAUUUUUAUCUAAAGACUCGUGACAAAUACAGGAAGACUUUAGUGUUCGGCUCGCUAACCGUCCGGAGUGAUACUCGUAAGUGUGUGGACAACCGGUUAUAGAUGUUAACGGUGGCUAAAUAUAGUGAUUACUGUCGAUAGAUGGUGUUUUACGUUAGAUAAAUGAAUGUGAACUUCAAUUGCAAUGUUUAACAAAAUUGUUGACUGUAUUAUAAGAUAAUGCAAAAAUGUGUAAAUAAAGUUAUUGAAAUUUUAA